UUUAAAUUAAGUUCCAUUGCUAUAUAUUUUGUGAAAAUGAAUGAUAAACAAGAAUUAAAUGAAAAGAAAUAUAUUUUAGAAGCUCACAAAACAGUGCUACAGCAACAGCCAAGCAUAGACUCCAUUGCACAGAUACCCGGAAGUGAUACGGAUCAGUUGUUUGAGAAUGAAAAGAGAAAGCAAACUGGCCUUGGGUAUGCAAGUUUCAACUACAUAAACUCCAUCAUCGGGAGUGGUGUUAUUGGUAUACCGUUUGCGUUCCAACAGGCAGGGUUUGGUCUGGGUCUGGUAUUGUUGGCUGUUGUAGCCCUCGUCACAGACUACUCCCUGCGACUCAUGGUCCGAUCUGCUCACAUCUGCGGAAGUUUCUCCUACUCUGGUAUCAUGGCUGCAGCGUUUGGAUCUACUGGGUUCUUUCUACUGUCUGCACUUCAGUUUGUUUACCCAUUCAUCGCUAUGGUCAGUUACAAUGUGGUGGUAGGAGAUACAGUCACCAAAGUUCUCGUGAGGAUGUUUGGACUCUCGUCUACUGCUCUGUUAGCCCGCAGAGAUUUUGUAGUGUUACUUUGCACUCUCUCAGUAACGGUUCCUCUUUGUCUUCAGAAAGACAUGGCUCGAUUAGCAAGAGCUUCCAUGGUGUCCAUAUUCUUCGUAUUCUUCAUUCUUUUCACCAUCACAUUGAGGUUCUUCACUUUGUUCGGAGUCGUGCCACCCACUGAGGAUGCAUUUGAAUUUUCAAACUCUGGAGUAAUCCCUGCAAUUGGCAUCAUGGCUUUUGCGUUCAUGUGUCAUCACAACGUGUUCCUACUGUACGCCUCCAUAGAGGAAGCUACCCAGGAGAAGUGGGACAAGGUCACUCAUUACUCUGUGUUUGCUUCAUUCCUUGUCACCGUUGUGUUUGGACUUGUUGGUUACACCACAUUCACUGGAUAUGUGCAAGGUGACCUGUUGGAGAACUUCUGCUGGGACGAUGACCUUAUGAACCUCUCACGUGUGGUGUUCAGUGCCACCAUACUGUUGACAUUCCCUAUAGAGUGUCUGGUGACCCGGGCAGUUGUGGAGGCUGUGUGGGGACAUUUAGAAACUGCUCGGGCACAUCGUGGCGUCACUCUCGCUAUUGUCAUGGCCGCCUACUUGGUAUCUGUCAGCACUGACUGCUUGGGUAUUGUGCUCGAGUUAAAUGGUGUGCUAGCGGCAGUUCCUUUGGCCUUUGUGCUACCAGCCGCUACUUAUCUCAAGCUGUGUCCUGGCUCUGUGUUAUCCAAGGACCAGUUGCCAGCCCUGGGAGUGGUCGUGUUUGGUCUGUGUGUAGCCUUGACUGGUCUCUAUCUCAUCAUCACACAGUUCGGAUCUGUAGGCAGCUGUACACACGGUAAUCUCAUGUGGUAUUGUCAAACUAACAGUACAAGUCACUCGUAAAUUAUCUGUUUUUAUAUGUGCCAACAACCAAAAGAUGCUACAAUAUGCAUUUUGUUUGAUUAUACCAUAGAUUAAACAUACUCAUAUAGUAGAUUUGUCAUCCUUAUGGAUCAGCUGAAGACGACUUUUAUGUUAGUUCCAUCCGGUGCCGUUAGGCCUUCGAAAAUCAUCAAUUUUCUUACACUAAAAACUAGUGGUGAUCAGCUGACUUUUCCUGACAUAAACAUUACUUUUGCUACCCAAACAAUACUUUGCCUGGCAUCAACUAUGUUACAAGUGAAGAAAAAAGAAUAGGUUACAAAA